AUGCUUAUCCGCAGCCAUUUUACUCAUGAUGAUAAUGCGAUGGUUAAUAUGGUCAAUUCUCUUCCUCCCGAAGCAUAUUUUUUGGAAUGCGAUGGAAGUGUACAUGAGGAACUUGGAACAAUUCAAAAAGGGAAGCUGAUUCAAUUGCACUUUCGACUUUGCGGCGGGAAAGGAGGUUAUUAUUUUUAUUUUCGGGUAUGGUUUUGAUGGGGACGGGUUGGGAACUGCCCUUAUAUGCUGCUUUUAACCACGAUUAUGCUAGCCUGCCCUUUGAACUACACUUAUGUAUCAGCGGAUCUUUUAAGUUUGGUCUU